CUCUGUCCGUCAGCAAGUUCGGUUAUUAGCGAGCCAGCAGCCGACGGGAGUCUAGCGGAACAGAUGAUGUCCAGGAUUCACAUUAAAAUGUGUUGGAGCCGGGUGUUCCUCAGCAGCUGGCUCCUGCUGCUGCUGCUCCAGCUCCUGUGUUCAGAGGCAGUGCCCAUCAGCAUGGACAAGACGAAAGUCAAAGAACCAGAGCAACAGUUCAAAGAGCCUCCAGCCAGUGUGGACACUGGACUCCACUAUGACCGUUACCUCAGAGAAGUCAUCGAUUUCCUUGAGAAAGAUCAGCAUUUCAGAGAAAAGCUCCACAACACAGACAUGGAAGACAUCAAGCAAGGAAAGCUCGCCAAAGAGCUGGACUUUGUCAGCCAUCACGUCAGAACGAAACUGGACGAGCUGAAGAGGCAGGAGGUUAACCGACUGCGCACUCUGAUUAAGGCCAAGCAAGACAUCGAAGGAGGGAACGACAUCGCCGUGGACCACCAGGCUCUGCUGAAACAGUUUGAGUACUUGAACCACAUGAACCCACACACGUUUGAGGUGGAUGACCUAGAUCUGCUCAUCAAAUCGGCCACCAACGACCUGGAGAACUUUGACAAAGAGAGACACGAGGAGUUCAAGAGGUAUGAAAUGAUGAAGGAGCACGACAGACAGGAGCACCUGAAAACACUGGACGAGGAAGAAAGAAGGAAGGAGGAGGAGCACUAUGAGGAGAUGAGGAAGAAGCACGCCGACCACCCCAAAAUUAACCACCCGGGCAGCCAGAAUCAACUGAAGGAGGUGUGGGAGGACGCUGAUGGUUUGGACCCUGAAGAUUUUGACCCCAAGACCUUUUUCAAACUGCACGAUUCUAACGGCGACGGCUUCUUCGAUGAACAGGAGCUGGAAGCUUUGUUCACCAAAGAGUUGGAGAAAAUCUACGAUCCCACCAACGAAGAGGACGAUAUGGUGGAGAUGGAGGAAGAGAGGCUGCGUAUGAGAGAACAUGUGAUGAACGAGGUGGAUUCUAACAAAGACAGGCUGGUCUCUAUGGAUGAGUUCCUGGUUGCUACAAAGAAGAAAGAAUUCUUGGAGCCAGAUAGCUGGGAGACGCUGGAGCAGAACCAGAUGUACACCGAUGAAGAGAUGCGGGAGUUUGAGGAGCACCUCACACAGCAAGAGCAGGAUCUCCAGCUGAAGGCCGUUGACCUUCAGAAACAGCGAGAGGAGCUGGAGAAACAGCAGGAGCAGCUGAACUCGCAGAAAAUAGAGCUGCAGCAGGCCGUUGAGCACAUGGAACGACUGAAAUCACAAAAAGUAGAGCCUCCUCCAGAGGUUCACGUUGAAGGAAACGCUAUCCCAGAGAUGCAUCAAGUUGACGAUCAGUUGCAUUUUCAACACGACGCUCAACAACAACAACAACAAGGACUUCACCCUGGAUACCUUGCUCCUGAAGAUACGCCUCAGGAACACCACGGCCAACAAAAUCCAGACUUGGCUCAGCACGGACUCCCACAGACGCACCAGGAUCUGCCACCAGGCCACCACCAAGUUUCACAAGACCAGCACAACGUGCCCUAAAGACUCUGUCAAAACUUGAAAUCACCAGACUCUCGCGGCACCUCCUCUCCAGCGUGCAGAGCAACAGUCCCGCCCGAGUGUCACGACUCUUCAAGCAGCGCGACGCGGGGGUUUUGGAGCACAUUCAACACGAAAGGAAAGCUGCACAAACUGAAUCUUUUGAACGACGCCAGUGUUUGAUAAUAACUGUAAUCUCUGGAUUACACAAAAAGAAUUAAGUGUACAAUGACCAACCGAGGACAUGCAUCUGCACAUGUGCAUACUUUGUUGUGUUUGAUGACUUCAGAAAUCAUCGGGAAUGUUUGGUAAUACAACUCUACAAAAAUCUAAAUUUUUUGGGACUUUCUUGACCCGUCGUUUGCUGUUGAAAGUACAAAACCUCUAAAUGCCACUGGAUCCUCAAUCUAAUUAAAAAGUAAAAGUCAAUUUCAUGCCAUUUGUGACUUGACGAGACAAAAAUAUCCCCAAACACUUCAUCAGGCACAUUAGUGAAUGAGUUCAACGUUUUCUAUGAUUGCAUUAAAGCCUGAAAGAGAACAGGCACUUACAUUUUUAAUCAACAUUCAUCACUUUUGAUAAAAGGAAAACUUUAUACCUCAAAACUUAGCGUUUUAACGGCUUGCUUGGGGGCAAACGGGCACAGUGUCAUGCUGUUAUAAUCUGCAAGGCUUCAGUCAGAUCGGUGUAGGAAACAUUUGACUUGAUCUCCAGCUGCUACUAUAAAACAAACUAUAUUUUAACCUGUGAAAACAAAUCAUUUUAACCUAUACCUUUCACUCCUGUGCUAUUGGUCACUUGUGGACUGAUUUCUAAACCUAUUUUGUUUGUAUGGACAGUUUUUCCACAUUUUUCUCAAUUGUAGUAGUUGUGCUAAACCCAAAAACAGGCAUUUUUCAGGCUGAGGAGAGAAAGAUACCUGUGAAAUCAAAUUGCCCUUCAAAAUAUUGGACCCUCAAUACUCUGGCAAUGAUUUACCCCGGCAGAAACUGUUAAAAAAAAUUAAUUAAUACAUUUUUGUAGUGUUACUAUGAGCAUUGUAGUGGACUUUCUAGCUUUAGAUCCACUCAUACGUGUGUACGUGCCGUGUUUAUUUAUGAUUAUUUGCUUAAUUUAUCAGUUAGGAUAUGUUCAUAGUAUCAGUUAAUUCUAAAAAGGCUCACACUCGCAUCACAUGCUGCUUUUUUUCCCCCGAUCGUGUGUUUUCUGAGAGUACGAUGUAACCGCCAUGAUAUUCAGUCCUUUUGUGGUUCCUUCUUGCUGGUGAAUACCACUUUAUACUGAAAGCUUUGUUUACAUCAAGUUCAAAUAACAGCUCUUGCCUUACUGCGGUUUAUCUGAACAUGGGAUACUUUUAUCGUCUUGCCUUGUCUUUGGGUUACAGUGUGCCAAGUGCUCCUUGGACACAAUAUUGCAUCAUCAUCAUCAGAUGCACCACUGUCUUAUUUUGUUGUUACUGUGCAAGAUAAUAAAACCAUUUGGAUCUUUCAA